AUGUCUAUUAAACCAUUAGAUUCAUAUAUUAAGAACAGUGUGCGUGUCUUCGAAGCUAACCCUUCCGAGACCAUCUUCACAAUAACGUAUAAACCUUCGAAGGAGGAGGAGAAGAAGGAGAAUCAUAAGAAGAACAGAAAACCAUCUGUUUCAUUCAAAACUCAUAAUAAUCAUCUGGAUACAAAUUAUAAAUUUGAAACUAACAAAAGUAAAGAUGUAUCUCGUCUUUUGAAUGCAUUAGGUCCAAGGGGUGUCUCUAUCAUUCCAAGUAAGAUUGAAAGACAAGCUAUGAAAAAGAAGACCAUUAAGACCAUUAAUAAAGAUGGUAAUGUUACUAAAACAGUUAAACGUACAAAGAAAUCAAAGAUUGUCGAUACAAUUGGUAUUAGUAGUUUAAUUGUUAAUUCAAAGGUUAAAGAAUAUAAACCUGAACAAAAUACCCAAUCGUCAACAAAUACCGAUAAGAAUAACAAAAAGAAAGGUAAUAAUAAGAAGAAUAAGAAUAAGAAAAAGCGUUAG